AUGUCGUCGCCAUUGGCUCCCCGAGUUUUCUUCCUUUGCUGGCUCGUCGCUUUGUUUUUCACUGUUUCGAUACAGGCUCAGCUCACAGCUGGAACUGCCGUCGGCACAGCUACAUACGCAGCUCCAACAAAUGGAACUCCAACAGCUACUUUGACGCCUCCGACUCCCACCAACACUGAGUCUAGCAGCAGCGCACACAAUCAGUUCUCGUCAUCGCUAGCGCUAUUCGGCGCUCUGAUAGCAUCUGUCCCUAUCUUUUAA